AUGGAGUCCGUUUUCUCUGACAUCGACAGCAACAGCUGCGACUUCUUCCCUCACACCGAUGACGAGGAGUCCCGAAGCUCCUCCCUCUCGCCGCAGCCGGAGCACGUGCAGAAGAAGCGUCGCCGCGGCCGCCGCAGUGAUGCCACGGUGCAGGUGGUGAAGAAGAACCGCCGCAUGAAGGCCAAUGACCGCGAGCGGAACCGCAUGCACAACCUGAACGACGCGCUGGACGCGCUGCGCCGCGUGCUGCCGGCGUUCCCCGACGAGACCAAACUGACCAAGAUCGAGACGCUGCGCUUCGCCCACAACUACAUCUGGGCGCUGUCCGAGACCAUCCGCAUCGCCGACCUGACCACCAACCCCAACGCCAACCCCCCACUGUGCGACCCCCCGCUGAGCCCCCCCAGCUCCUGGAGCUCCAGUGGCUCCUCGUCCUCCUCCUCGCCGUCGUACUGCGCCUCCAGCCCGGGGAGCCCGUCCAAUGGCGAGGACUACGGCUACCUGCAGCACGACGCCAUCUUCAGCUUCCGCAGCUUCGUCCCCGGCAUCUACUGAGAAAGGGGCCCUAAUGGAGAGCCUGGGCCCCUAAAGGACAGACAGGGGCCCCUACAGGAGAGCCAGGGGCCCUAAAUGAGAGACAAGGGCCCCUAAAGGAGAGGACUGACAGACACAGAAAUGUUGGGACGGAUGGACAGAGACGGAGCGUCCCGUAUCCUGAUGG